AGUGCGUCGAAAGUCACUUUGUCAACUUCAUUUUCUGCCAUGGCUGAUGUUCACGUCCUGAAUAGCGGCGGAGGAGCUCGCCCUUUCUUCAGCAGACAAAAGUUUCCACGAGGAACCGAGUCGCAGUGGCCCCCUCGACUCGUUAGUUUCAUUCUGAGAUUCGAGCGAGCUCAGACAACAAACCAAACUUGGAUCUCAAGCGUGUUCCCAUCUGUGGUCUGCAUACUCCCACCACCCCACCCCGCCCGGCCCACCCACCACCCCACCGCCGGCUCCAAACCUUCCCGGCGGAUUGUCAGCUGAGGGGCGAAGGUAGCCGCCGCAGACGCUGAGCUCGGAUUCAAAAGCGCAAUGGGAGGAUACCGGCGGGACAUUUGGGGAACGGGCGGGCGAGGACGGACGUGACCCGCAGCCGGCCCAGCGGUCCGACCAGAAGAGCAGGAGCAGCGCGGGACUUUCAAAGACGGCGCGAGCGAGAAAGAUGAAAAGCACCACGAGGAUGCGUGCUGUGUUGCUGCUGGCCAGCUUUGUGUUCACCGCUUCGCACUACUCACUGGGCACUGCCCACAUGUUGCCCGACGACACGGCGCGCGGCAACAAGGCCGCCAUCUCCAACACAAUCCCGGAGGGCAACCGCGACGCCAACGCUGGAGGAUUGUCCGCACCCGUCCUCAUUGUGGAACUGCCAAAAUCAGGAAGGAAAAAGAAGGCAAAAAAGAACAAGCUUGGGCGCAGGCGCCGCCCCCCGCCCCCCGCCGGCUGCGUCCCGUUGUGGGGCAGCUGCAAAUCCGAGGGAAAGGUGUGCUGCGAUUUCUGCGCUUUGUGCCACUGCCGCAUCUUCAGGACCGUGUGUUACUGCCGCAUGGGAAACCCUCAAUGCUGAAGGUACCCGAUGACCUGACCUGACCCCCCGCACCCCCAUCCCCGAGGCCCCUCCUCGAGUUCCCGAGCUUGCCUUAAGUCGACAGCAUGAAAGCACUUGACUUUAACAUGGGCUGCAGCAUCCUGCCAUCAAGUUAGCAUGCAUCCGCGCAGCUUAUGACGGUCUGAAGCAAAUCGUGUCUGAAUAAAAGUGUUUGCAACAUCA